UUAUGCUCUACUCCGGGUAAAGAUCCGGCCGAUUUCGAUUUGCACAUAUAGGACAAAUCUUCUCAUCACCAUUUCUUUUUGUUAUGACUUUAGAAAUAACAAACAGGAAUCAUUUAUGAUACACUAAUUAUAGAUAUGCUCCUAAUUGGGUUUUUUCUAAACGGAGCCUGGAUACUUCAUUUUUUAGUCCAACAAGAGCCAACCAUAAAUCAUUCUAAUUGAUAAUAAAACUAUGAAUUCCUCCAAACAAUGCAUCGAAUUGCACUUCACACUCCAAUUUUUGGAUGAUUCAAUUUCUCUUUUUUGGCGAAAUAGAGGCGGGGACGAGAACGGGGAAAUACCAUAUGACCCAAUCUAUUUGACAAGUCCCACUAUACGUCAACCCAAGAUGCAUCGUCAUCUCCAGGAAUUCGGAAGGGUACUUUUGGAACACCAAUAGGCAUGAAUUGAAAGAAAAAAGAACUAAAUUUCACUUUGAUGCGGAAACGUAAUAAUAUGGUUUUAUUGUCUCUAUUUUCGAAUAUUGGCUUUAUCAUAUUUUUUUAUCCAAAGAUUCAAAAAUUCAGAAAGAAAGACAAAAUCAAUAAAGGAAAAUUUUUACAAAUAGGUUUUCCUAAUGAGAAAUUAAGGAUAGACAUAUUUACUCAUAGAAACUGGCAUCAAUCUCCCAUUGCGUAUUGGUACUUAUCGAGUAUAGAAUAAAUCUGCUUAUCGUUGUUUCUACGAACAGAAUUCUUCCAUUAUUAGGAACAGAAGUUAAUAAAUAUUAACUUAACCCUUGUUAGUAAAUAAUCCACUGAAGAAGUGCAGUCUAUAGGAUAAUCAUAGUAUUACAGUCUUUGCAAUGCAAUAAAGUUACGUAGUGUCUAUUUUUCUUUGAUAAGGGGGUAUUUUCCAUGGGUUUGCCUUGGUAUCGUGUUCAUACCGUUGUAUUGAAUGAUCCCGGCCGGUUGCUUUCCGUUCAUAUAAUGCAUACAGCUCUGGUUGCUGGUUGGGCGGGUUCGAUGGCUCUGUAUGAAUUAGCCGUUUUUGAUCCUUCUGACCCUGUUCUUGAUCCAAUGUGGAGACAGGGUAUGUUCGUUAUACCCUUCAUGACUCGUUUAGGAAUAACCAAUUCGUGGGGAGGUUGGAGUAUCACAGGAGGGACUGUAACAAAUCCGGGGAUUUGGAGUUACGAGGGUGUAGCUGGGGCACAUAUUGUGUUUUCUGGCUUAUGCUUUUUGGCAGCUAUCUGGCAUUGGGUCUAUUGGGAUCUAGAAAUUUUUUGCGAUGAACGUACAGGAAAACCUUCUUUGGAUUUACCUAAGAUCUUUGGAAUUCAUUUAUUUCUCUCCGGGGUGGCUUGUUUUGGUUUUGGUGCAUUUCAUGUAACAGGCCUGUACGGUCCUGGAAUCUGGGUGUCCGAUCCUUAUGGAUUAACGGGAAAAGUACAACCUGUAAAUCCGUUGUGGGGCGUGGAAGGUUUUGAUCCUUUUGUUCCGGGAGGAAUAGCUUCUCAUCAUAUUGCAGCAGGUACAUUGGGCAUAUUAGCGGGUCUAUUCCAUCUUAGCGUUCGACCGCCACAACGUCUAUACAAAGGAUUGCGCAUGGGAAAUAUCGAAACCGUACUCUCCAGUAGUAUCGCGGCUGUCUUUUUUGCAGCUUUUGUUGUUGCUGGAACUAUGUGGUAUGGUUCAGCAACUACCCCCAUUGAAUUAUUUGGUCCUACUCGUUAUCAAUGGGAUCAGGGUUACUUCCAGCAAGAGAUCUAUCGAAGAGUUAGCGUCGGGCUAGCAGAAAAUCAAAGUUUAUCAGAAGCCUGGUCGAAAAUUCCUGAAAAAUUAGCUUUUUACGAUUAUAUUGGCAAUAAUCCGGCAAAAGGAGGAUUAUUCAGGGCGGGUUCGAUGGAUAACGGGGAUGGAAUAGCGGUUGGAUGGUUAGGGCACCCUAUUUUUAGGGAUAAAGAAGGGCGUGAGCUUUUUGUACGUCGUAUGCCUACUUUUUUCGAAACAUUUCCAGUCGUUUUAGUAGAUGGCGACGGAAUUGUUAGAGCCGAUGUCCCCUUUCGAAGAGCAGAAUCGAAGUAUAGUGUUGAACAGGUGGGUGUAACCGUUGAGUUCUAUGGUGGCGAACUCAAUGGAGUCACUUAUAGUGAUCCUGCUACCGUCAAGAAAUAUGCUAGACGUGCUCAAUUGGGUGAAAUUUUUGAAUUAGAUCGGGCGACUUUGAAAUCCGAUGGUGUUUUUCGUAGCAGUCCAAGGGGUUGGUUUACUUUUGGACAUGCUUCGUUUGCUUUGCUUUUUUUCUUCGGACACAUUUGGCAUGGUGCUAGAACUUUGUUCAGAGAUGUUUUUGCUGGUAUUGACCCAGAUUUGGAUGCUCAAGUAGAGUUUGGAGCAUUUCAAAAAAUUGGGGAUCCAACUACAAGAAGACAGGCAGUUUGAUACAAGACCGCUUUGGUAUCUUUCGCCUCUAUUUUUUUGGUUUUGCAAGGAAUUUUCGAUAGAGUAUCGGAGUGAAUUUGAAUCGCUGCUUUUGAACUCUUGCUCUUUCGAGAUGAUUACCAAAAAGAAUAAAAAAAAAAGAAAAAACAAA